GAGAAAACUUGAAACUUGACCAGUUUUUUGUUAUUAUUUGGAGCCUGGAGGCCAUUCGAAAAAUGGGGACCUCCUCUUCUUCUUCUUCUUCUUUCCUUUUUCUUGCUCAGAUUUUCUUUAUUCUCUGGCAGCUUCUAUGUUUGACAGUUGAAGCUUUCAACAAUAGUAGUAAUAAUAAGAUAUCUGCCUUCUAUGUGUUUGGAGACUCCACCGUUGACCCUGGAAACAAUAACUACAUUGACACUCCUUUCAAAUGCAACUUUCCACCUUAUGGCAUGGAUUUCCCUAACCAUGUUCCUACUGGAAGAUUCUGCAAUGGCAAGCUUGCCACUGAUUACAUUGGUACAUAUCUAUAUACGAUGGAAACUCAAAAAUCGUUUCUUCCAGCUUAUUUGGAUCCAAAUCUCAGCGUUGAAGAGCUUAUCACAGGUGUUAGUUUUGCCUCUGCUGGUUCUGGCUUUGACCAACUUACACCAUCAAUCAGUAAUGUGAUUCCAAUAGGAAAACAAUUGGAAUAUUUUAGAGAAUGCAAAAAGAAGUUAGAGGUUAAGCUUGGUAAAGAAGGAACCAAGAAUCAUCUAGAAAAGGCUGUGUUUUUCUUGAGUGCUGGUACCAACGACUUCGUUCUUAAUUAUUUCGCUCUACCAAUUCGAAGAAAGAGUUUUACUAUCUUAUCCUACCAGCAAUUCUUGAUCCAACAUGUGAAACAAUUUAUUCAGGAAGUGGUGGCAGAAGGUGGUAGAAAAAUUGCAGUUGCCGGAGUACCUCCAAUGGGAUGCUUACCUUUGAUGAUCACCUUAAAUUCCCCUAAUGACAUUCUCCAUCGUCAUUGCAUCGAUCACUAUUCAUCCAUUGCAAGAGAUUACAACCAUCUCCUUCAACAAGAGUUACAUCUUUUUCAAUUCCACCUCAAUAAUAAUAAUAUAUCUACCUCCCCAACUAAAAUCUAUUAUGUUGACAUAUAUGGCCCAUUAGCCCAAAUGAUCCAAGCACCUCAAAAAUUCGGAUUUGAUGAGGUUGAUAGUGGGUGUUGUGGAAGUGGGUAUAUUGAAGCAUCAGUACUGUGUAACAAGUUUUCAGGUGUUUGUUUAGAUCCAUCCAAGUAUGUUUUCUGGGAUUCAAUUCACCCAACAGAUAAAGCAUAUCACAAUCUGUUCUUGGCUAAACUCCCCACCAUUGAUUUCAUCAUCAACGGCUAGAAAUUAAUGACUACUUUUCCUUCCAAGUUAUAUAUGGCAUCUAAUAAAAGCUAUUCUUCUUGUAUUUUAUUUCAAAUGGAAUGAUAUGAGGUUAAUUAGUCUCUAUUAUUGGACAGUGCAUGUGUGUAUGUUAUAUUUAUAUAGUAUAAAAUAGUCAUGUUAUUAUUUCUACCAUAUAAAUUGCUUGCAUAUUAAAGAAAAGUGGCACAUGUAUAUGACAUGCAU